UUGAUGGAAACGAUCGAAGAAAAGGUGAAUCCUUUUCUGCAAAAGCUCAAAAAAGUGGCAGUUCAGUAUGGUAUCGAACAUUAUGACAUCGAACUUGGGGCUGAGAAAAACACUGCUCGUGUGAUUCUAAAGCAAAAGAAUGGGACAGCUGAAACUCCGCCUGUCAGAAGGAUAGAUAAAAUGAUAUGCAUCGAUGGGAACAUAGGACGUUUGCUCCCCGUGGGAUUCAACUUUCUUGGCGAUCUUGUAGUCAACGAAAUAGAAAAACUAGAGCAAGUUUACCUACUUACGCUUCUUUUCAAUGGCAGUAGCAGAAGGGUGAUGUUCUAG